AUGGAAAAGCCAAAGAACAAUUCAUUGGUUCUCGAACUCACAAUCAUAUCCGCCGAAUCCCUUUCACUUACCAAAACACGUCCGGUGAAGAAAAAUGUGUUUGUCAUCAUCAAAACAGACUCGAACAACAGUCAGACCACCACCAUGGAUACCGAAAACGGGUCUUAUCCUUCAUGGAAUCAGAAGUUCUUGACAGAAAUGUCCAUGCAUGCGAAAUUUUUCACGUUAGAAGUUCAUUGCAACAACUUUUCAGGUGAUCGUGUUGUUGGGUCGGCUAGGGUUCCGGUGUCAGAUUUUAGUAAUGGAUAUUUACCGAGUGAUUAUUUGCAUUUUUUGAGUUAUAGGUUGAGAGACAGAUAUGGCGAAAGAAAUGGGAUAAUUAAUUUAUCUGUUAAGGUUAAGUCGUCGGGUAAUACUGCUAAUAACAGUAUUAGCAGUAUUCCAACGACUUACUCCUUAAAGACAAAUGGGUGGAAUUACGGGGCCACCAUGGGUCAAAAUCUAACUCAUGGGGUGGCGAUUGGUGUUCCUAUUCAAAAUAGAUAUUAA